GUAUCUUUUAUCAGAUAUGUACUAUGUCGGUAUUUAGAAGAGCAUUGAUCGCUUCCAACAUUCGAAAUCUAGAAUGUUAUUGCGGGGUACAAAAGAGGUUUUCAAACACUCUUUUCGACGGAACCUUAGAGAAACAUAGACGCUCUGAGCUCAGUCAUGACAGAGAGAAAACGGAAAGCUUUCCCCCUUUUGAGGCACCUAAGGACUACAAGAAAAAAUAUCCAGAUUUUCUGCCGAAUGCUGAUUGGAAAAAGCGAGACCGAAUUACAGAAAAAUUAGAGAGAAAAGAUAUGUUAAGGAGGAGAGCUGUCCUUAAUAUUCCAGAAUUCUAUCCAGGAAGCAUAUUGGCUAUUACAGUGUCUGAUCCUUAUGCUCCAGGAAAGUACAAUAGAUUUGUUGGUAUCUGCAUUGCUAAAAAUGGUAAUGGGCUUCGGACAAGUUUCACUCUUAGGAACGUUGUUGAUAAUAUAGGAGUGGAAAUUUUAUACGAAUUAUAUAAUCCUACCAUUCAAAAAGUUGAAGUUUUAAAACUAGAAAAACGAUUAGACGAAGAAUUAUAUUACCUACGAGACUGCGAUCCAAAAUAUUCGACAUUUAAUUUUAAUAUGGAACCUGUUCAACAUCCACCAGGAGCUCCUAUCCCUGUCAAUGAUAUAGUGUUAAAAAUUGGUCCACGACCAUGGAACCAAAAAUGGCACAGGCAAAAUUUGAAGGGAGUAGAAGGCUUAGAUGAACAUUUGAGAGAAGUUGAAAAGAAGUUAGCUGAAAAAACAGCUGAACCAUGGGAGAAAUAUGAUAUAAUGAAAACGUAUAGAAACUCUAUUCAUGAAGAGGAGAGCGAGAGAAUAUUGUCAGAAGUAUACGAAAAAAAUUUGCAUAACCAAAAGUUGAAAGAAAAUCGAAAACCUCUUAAAAUGGAUUAA